AUGGCGUCCAGGCUCAACAACAUGGUUCCCACGUUUCUGGCCCGUGCUCUCGACCCGGAGGCGUACGGGGUGGACGCGCUGGUGUCUCCGUGGCAAGGCUUCCCUCGCCUUUAUGUCUUUCCACCUCUGCCUCUACUACCGAAGGUCCUUCGCAAGAUCAUGUUGGAAGGGAUUCCGACUAUUCUCAUCGCCCCCGAUUGGCCGCGCCGCGCCUGGUUCUCGGACGUCACUCGGAUGCUGGCAGACUCGCCGCAAGUCGGCACACCAGGGAUCGACGAGCAGGACCACAUGCACAGGAAAGAACAGAGAGUCACCCAGCAGGAAAAUCAGCAGCACAAACCACAUGCUCGAGAGAAGAAUGCAAUAUCCAUGAGUGAUAUGGUGACAGUGGCUACACAGACUAACAGCCAAGGUAAUAAAACCCUGAAGAAGAAAAUGUCCCAGUUCUUCAAUCCAUUGUUAAACGAUCACCAGAAGUUGGCAGUAACUAGAAUACUGAGCGGAGACUGCCGCCCUACUCCCUAUAUUCUCUUUGGGCCUCCGGGUACCGGAAAAACGGUUACAGUCAUUGAAGCUAUUCUACAGAUUUAUUAUGCUUUGCCGGACAGUCGUAUUUUGGUAUGUGCCCCCUCUAACAGUGCUGCUGAUCUAGUGUGUCUGCGGCUUCAUGAAAGUGGCCAUUUGGAAAAUGGUAGCAUGGUGAGGGUGAAUGCUUCCAGCCGUCAAGAAGAGACAAUUAAUGACCUAGUGAAGCCGUACUGUGGACCUGGAGAAGAUAUUCAGAAAGCCUCUCGAUUUCGGAUAAUAAUUUCUACAUGCAGCAGUGCAGGAAUGUUCUACCAGAUAGGUUUGAGAGUUGGACACUUCACUCAUGUAAUCAUUGAUGAAGCUGGACAAGCCACUGAACCGGAGUGUCUUAUACCUCUAGGUUUAGUAUCAGAGGUUACUGGCCAGAUCAUUCUUGCAGGAGAUCCUAUGCAGCUUGGACCAGUGAUAAAGUCAAGAAUGGCUUUGGCAUAUGGGCUUAGUAUAUCAUUGUUGGAAAGGCUCAUGGCGCUUCCAAUAUAUUUAAGGGAUGAAGAAACAUAUGGUGCUUGUGGAAACUACAACCCUUUGCUGAUCACAAAACUGAUGAAGAACUACAGAUCACAUGCAGCCUUGCUUCAUCUCCCAUCCAAGCUGUUCUAUCAUAAGGAAUUAGAAGUCUGUGCAGAUCGGGCUGUUAUAAACCGUCUCCUGAAAUGGGACAAGUUGCCCAAGAAAGGUUUUCCUUUGAUUUUCCAUGGUAUCAGGGGAACGGAAAUGAGGGAAGGAAGCAAUCCAUCCUGGUUCAAUCCAUCAGAAGCCGUGCAGGUCAUGAGAUACUCCUGUAUACUUGCAAAGCAUGUUACCACAUCAGUAUCAGCCAGAGACAUUGGAGUGAUUGCACCCUAUAGGAAACAGGUUGAGAAAAUCCGAACACUUCUGCGGACUGUUGACUUGAUGGAUAUCAAGGUGGGAUCUGUUGAAGAAUUUCAAGGUCAAGAAUUCCUAGUAAUCAUUAUUUCAAUGGUGCGAUCCUGCGAAGAUUCAAUUUAUAAGGAUUCUAGAAACUUCCUGGGAUUCCUCUGCAAUCCAAAACGAUUCAAUGUGGCAACAACUAGACCAAAGGCCCUGCUGAUUGUACUUGGAAACCCCCACAUUCUUAUGAAGGAUCCGUGUGCAUGUGCACUGCUUGAAUACAGCAUUAUAAAUGGAGCAUACACUGGAUGUAAUCUGCCUCCUGCUCUGGAAUCGCUACAGCAGUGCGAUUAAUAGCUUCUCGCAGAAAGGCAGAUUUGGCUGCCAUCCAUCCAUCGCCAUCCAUUACUCAAUGCUCUACAUUUCCAAAAUUGAGGUUUUGACAUUUUGCUCUGGAAAUAUUAAGGUUGAAAAUAAUAUUAAUGUAUAGGCGUGAUAUACCGUACUUUGUUAAAAAAGACCUUUAUUUUUUGUUUCUACUUUUGACUGAAAAUCCUUUUAGGGGCCGUGUCUUUUUCUUGUCCACAGAUCCCAUCAUGUAGGUAUAUUAUUCUACGUAGUAAUCAUUGUUCUAUGCUUUCAUAGCUAAACUGUUUAGCAAUGUUUUUUACAAUUACAUUAAUCCAGUGAGUCACAAAGAGAAAUAUAUACCUUUGCAUUAAUGUAUACUGUGUCAUUAGGAAAACGUACACUUAUUACGGCAGUGGACACUACUGCCUCCUU